AUUUCAAUAACAUCUUUUGCAAAAAUUGAUUGUGUAUAUUUGUAAGUAUUAUACUGAAUAAUACAAAUAAAUCCGUAUCAACUCGCUUUCAACUGUGUUUCUGUUUUUGAAGUUUUUAAUAUGCAUUGUUUAUUCGUACACAGUACGGUGUGCCAAACCUGUAAUAGUGAGAAUUGAGCCAUGAAUACAUUGUAUCCUAAAUGAAUACACAAGAUCCUUAUCAGUGAAUUCAUUAUAUGAUUUUCUCCAGAAAUGAGAUACACAGUAAAUUCGCUGCUGCCUAAUACACAACUCAUAGUGAAACAUUUGUAAUUGAAAAAUAAAUGACCGCACACUAUAGAAUCGUCAUUAUAAUUAUCAUGUUUCUUGAUAUUACUUGUUUUAUCACAAUCGUAUAUAAAGUAGGGCGAGAUUAUUAAUAGCACUAUCCGGAUUCCGUACUUUAAUAAUACUUGUUAGGAUUUUCAACUAAAUUUUCUGAGUCCCCUAAACCUAAAUUUUCAUAAAGGACCACACUCGUGUCACUUAUAUGCAACGUUAUGAAUGCCCUUCGUAACGGUCAUUUGGUCACGCUUGGUCAAUAUUUGUGCCCGCCUGAGCCCCUCCCCUGUGAUGACCCCACCAAUUUAAGGUAAAACCUAAGAAACUGGUCGUAUGCAUGCGCGAUAAGAAUUUUCAUCCUUCUUUGUCCCCAUCUCACCUGAAUCUUAUUUUUCUCAAUUUCUCUUGUAUGAACGGAACAUGAAUAUAUUGUUUUUUCUUCACAUCAAAUCCCGUUCAUUGUACAUUAAACCAUAUUUACAGGUUGUUGUUUUCGUCGUCGGUGCAAAUGACAUCGGCACAAAGACCCCGGUUCGAGUUUUUGAGGACAUCGUGGCACUCUGUGAAGGGGUACACAACGCUACACCAAGCGCGACUAUCCUUAUAUCCGAACUACUCCCAAGGGCACGGAACCGCUUCAAUGGCAACGGUUAUCGACAAGACUUCCUAGAACACUGGAACUACGAUGCUGGCGUUGUCAACAAGCUGCUACGCGAGUUUGCCAGCAAGGUGCCGUGGGUUCGUGUCAUUGAACAUCCGGAAUUCCACACCAUGUUCGGAGCCAAUGUCUAUCUCCUCAGCAGAGAUGGUCUGCAUCUGACCAUAGAUGGUACGAACACGGUUGCAAGCAACAUAGAAACAGCCGUCACGUCUCUAACGAAACCAACUAGACCGACUUACCCAGGGCCUGAUACUCAGUCCAGCCGUCCCGCGCCUACACAUACAACACCGACAUACAACACCGACAUACAAAUUAAUCUAUCUCCCAGUCAGCCAGCCAGUCAGUCAGCCAGUCAGCUAGUCAGCCAGUCGGCCAGCCAGCAAGUUAGUCAGCCAGCCAGCCAGUCAGCAAGUCAGUCAGCAAGUCAGUCAGCCCACCGCCAACCAGACAGCCAGUCAGCCAGUCAGUUGGUCAGCCAGCCAGCCAGCCAGUCAGCCAGCCAGCUAGCAAGCCAGCAAGUCAGCUAG